GAAUGCAGCACGCUUCCUUAAGCGUAUAGUGCACAUUCAUGCUACAAUCAGCAGAGGCGACAGACAGAAAAAUGGAGGUUUGUUCCAUUGACAGUAACACUUCUUCCAGAGCUACAUUUUAAGCAUCGUAGCGGUCCGCGUAAGCAGCAAUGACCAAGCUAGCACGCGCAAUGUAACCACGGCAACAAAACUCGUAAGCAACGUUGAGGACGACUUCGAAUCAACUGCGUUUCACAUUUGUAAAAAUGGAUGGCGGUGAAGCAAUGAUCAAAACACACGUUCAUUCAUCAGAAUCACCAACUGAGGGCAUGGAUGUUAUUACUGACCGAGGUUCAGAUGUGUUGAGCCCCCCACUACCGGGAUGUGCUAAGAAGGAGUUUUUGAUGAUGCCUCCAGAGGAGAAGCUUAAACACUUUGACACACGGGCUCAGACCAGCGAGGACAAUCAUGAGUAUGAUGCUUGUAUCCAGGACCUGGUGCGAUGUUUGGCUCUGACAAGACUAAUAUAUGGAGAGAAGCAUCUGAAACUGGCCCAGGCCCAGGCCAGACUGGCUAACGCAUAUUUCCAGUUCAAAGGUUGGGGACUGCAAGCGCUGGAGCACUUAGUCCAGGCCAAAGAACUACUGCCUCCCUGUUCCUCCAGCCCUUCCUGCAGAAGCGACAAGCUUGAGGCACUCACUUGUCUUCUGAGUGUACACCUCACACAGGGAGGUGCCUCUCUGCUCACAGAUAAUUUGGAGGAGGCAGACUCUUCUUUUCUGAAGGCAGAUCAAAUCCUUGCAGAGCUUCAUCAACACAAUGUUAUCAACCAGGAAGAGAAGACAAAGACUCAGCUGGAGAUCAGCAGUGGUCUAUACAGUGUCUAUAAGAGACAGAACCGAACAGAGGACGCUUUAAGCCAGUGUGAGAAGUCUUUGCAACUGCUGCAGGACUGUAAUAAGCCAGAGAAGACUUGCUCUGUCUAUAGAGACAUGGCCACCAUUGAACAGGACAGAGGCCACCUGGACCAAGCUGUAGAGCACCUCUCCAAGGCUCAUGCCAUUGCAAUGAGUCACACUCCAGAGGGGCUAGAGGGGGCUCAGAUCUCCCACAGCCUGGCCCUCAUCCUCCCUGCUGCAGAGCCCCAUCACAAUGACGCUGCAGGUCACUACUUUGAGCAAAGUCUAUGUGCUUACAAGCAGUCUGUAGGCCCACAAGAUCCAGCCUUCCUCGCUGCCCAGGAUGACUUCUGUCGCUUUCUUCUCGUUAAUGGACAGCAAGAGAAAUGUGUGGCGAUCCAGAGAGCUUCUCUUGAUUCUAAAAGAUCUGCGUUUGGCGACCUGAGCUCCGAAGUAGCGGACACUCUUCAGCUGAUAGGAAGUGUUGAGAUGACUGAGGGCAGAAUGAAGCAGGCCCACAGGACCAUGACAAAGUGCCUGAAGAUCCAGAGUGUGUUAUAUGGUCCUCAGCACAAGAAAACAAAAACUGUACAGAAAGCUGUGGAAAUGUUGGCAAGGGCACCAGAGGUGGUUGACAGACAACACAGGCACAGCAGAAAGGAAAAGAAAAUGGACACAUUUGCAGCUGUACCAUCUGGUAACAGUGAAAAAUCCACAUCUGACUCUUAAAUGACUGGUCUUCAC